CACAUCUAACAUGGCUGCGCGCUGCCAGUCGCGCUUCCGGGUUGGCCACCUAAGAGGAAUGCUUCACAUAUCGCUGGUAUUCGCCUGUGCCACGAACGCUUCUGCAAGGGACAGUCGUAGAUCACCGCCACAUAUUGUGUUCCUCCUGGCCGAUGACCUGGGAUGGGGCGACGUGAGCUUCCACGGCUCCCCACAGAUUCCCACGCCCAACAUCGACGCCCUGGCCAACACGGGAGUGGUGCUCAACAACCACUACAUGCAGCCCACAUGCUCGCCUUCCAGGGGUGCGCUACUCAGCGGUCGCUACUGCAUACACAUUGGUUUCCAGGAAAAACCCCUGCUGCCACGACAACGCGGGGGCCUCUCUCUCGACGUAAAGAUCAUGCCUGAAUAUUUCAAGGAUUUGGGCUACGAGUCACAUAUCCUGGGAAAGUGGCACCUGGGAUAUUUCAGCUUCAACUACACUCCUACCUAUCGUGGCUUCGACAGCUUCGUAGGAAUGCACGUCGGACCCACAGACUAUUACACUCAUGUGCUCAAAUGGGAUGGACUUAAGGGUCUUGACUUCUGGGACGACACCGAGCCUCUGACGACGGAGAAUGGAACGUAUGCUACCAACUUGUUCACAGAACGAGCCAAAUCGAUCAUCGCCAACAGAGACAAGUCAAAGCCAAUGUUUCUGUACUUCGCGCAUCAAGCGACUCACGGCGGCGUCGGACCGGAGCCGAUUGAAGCUCCCGCAGAGAACGUCGCCAAGUUUCCGUACAUCCACGAGGACGCAAGGAGAGUUUAUGCAGGAAUGACGGACGCCCUGGACCAGUCCGUGGGCAUUCUGCUGGAAGCGUUGGAAGAGGCGUCUAUGCUCCGCGACACCAUCAUAGUUUUCAGCAGCGACAACGGCGGUGCUCCGACGGGCCCUAUCUCCAACCGAGGAAUUAAUUGGCCCCUGCGUGGAACCAAGACCACCCUUUGGGAAGGCGGAAUCCGCUCGCCCGCGUUCCUCUGGACUCCCGAACUACUGCCUCGUCGACGUGUGUCGCAACAGCUGAUGCACGCCACCGACUGGCUUCCGACGCUCUAUUCGGCUGCUGGUGGCGACGUGGACCAACUGCCCUCAAUGGACGGCUUCGACAUGUGGCGGGCGCUCAUCGACGGUGAGGCGUCGCCGCGAUCGGAGAUCCUGAUCAACAUCAAUCGGCAGGCGGGUGAAGCGGCGCUGCGUUACCGCGACUGGAAGCUGGUCCUGGGAGACUUCGGCGAGCUGGACGAGCGCUUCGAGAUUCCGGGAGGCAGUCGGCCCUACGAAGGCCUCGACGAAAUGAUGUGCAAUUCGAAAGCGGCGGCCGUGCUGAAACGCCUGUACGGGAGAGAGGACGUGUUCGAGCACGCCAGCCAGUGGAGACAGGAAGCAACGAUCACGUGCGGAGACGACACCGACGCCAACUUCUCGCCGGGAGGCUCUCGCUACUUGUUCGACGUCUCGCAAGACCCGUGCGAGCUUCACAACUUGGCCGAAGAACGACCAGAAAUCUUGUCCAUGUUGUUGGAGAAGUUGGAGGGCUACAACGAGACCGUGGUGCCACCCGUGGACGACACACUCGAUCCCCGAGGCGCCCCGGAAUACCACGACGGUGUCUGGGCACCAUGGGUGCACUGA